ACACAAAAGUUCAGGAUGCCGAAAAAGAAAACCGGGCAGCGAAAGAAAGCUGAGAAACAAAAGUUAAGGCUGAAGGAGAUAAGGGGACGCGAGGUUCCUCUCGCCGAUCUUCCUUGCAAUGCGCCGAUGGACUGCGACAAGUGCGAGAAGAAGCAAAAGUCGCGUGCCUUUUGCUAUUUUUGCCAGAGUGUCCAACGUCUGCCCAUUUGUGCACAGUGUGGCAAGAUCAAAUGCAUGCUCAAGACCGGCGACUGUGUGAUCAAGCAUCCUGGAGUCUAUACCACUGGAUUUCCAGGAAUGGUUGGCGCCAUUUGCGACUUCUGCGAGGCGUGGGUGUGCCACGGCCGCAAGUGUCUCACCUCGCACGCCUGCACCUGUCCGUUGCAGAAUGCUGUUUGCCUGGAGUGUGAACGCGGUGUCUGGGAGCAUGGUGGACGCGUCUUCAAGUGCUCCUUUUGCAAUGGCUUCCUGUGCGAGGACGAUCAGUUUGAGCAUCAGGCCUCGUGCCAGGUGCUCGAGUCGGAGAACUACAAGUGCCAAUCUUGCAAUCGUCUUGGCCAAUAUUCAUGCUUGCGCUGCAAGACUUGCUACUGCGAGGAUCAUGUGCGUCGCAAGGGCUUCAAGUAUGACAAAAACAAGGCCAUACCGUGCCCCAAGUGCAAUUAUGAGACGUCGGUGACCAAGGACAUGAGCAUGUCGACACGUUCCCAUAAGUUUGGCCGGCAACAACAAGGAAUGGGCAGCGAUGAUGAGGAAGGAUACGGUGGCUACUAUGGUGGAUAUGGUGCCAGUGGCAGCGCUGGUUACUCCUAUGACGACGAUGAAAGCUAUGGCGAUGGGGAUGACGAUGACGAUGAUGAUGAUGAUGAGAGUGAGAGCGAUGAUGAAGAUGACGAGGAAGAAGAAUCAAGCGAAGAGGAAGAAACUGCCAAAGCAGCUGAUAAAAAAGAUGACAAAUAGUCCUUGUUUUGUCAUGUAUCAAUUAUAAAAGAGAUAACUCUGUUGGGGAAUUAGAAAUGAACGUAUAUCAAUUGAGUGUAUUUGCACCCUUGUACCAAACCUAUUUAGUGGUACAAUAAAUGCAAAUUUGAUCAAGAA